GUCGGCCAGCCAGCCUGCUGGGUUCAUUUACCCUCAGAUCACUGAGAACUGUGAACUGUUCCAAAACACAGAAUAUCUGGGGACUGAUAAGCCAGCAUGACCAGUGGGUGCUGUGUAUUUGUCCUGUUUUCCCUCCUCCACGUCUCGCUGAGUGUGGAAAUGACAGGGUUAUAUGGCAGCUUCACCUCCCCCAACUUCCCGCAGCCAUACCCUGACAACCAGUACAUUGUGUGGAACAUCAGUGUCCCAGAUGGCCACAGGGUCAAACUCUACUUCAGCCACUUCAGCAUGGAACCCUCAAACCAGUGUGAAUAUGACUAUAUCCAGGUUUUGGCAGAGGGGAAUGAAACCUUGCGGUUCUGCGGUGAGGAAGAGAAGAACUAUGAAAGCACCCCGGGGAACACGGUCAUUCUAUCAGCCGGGAACCUCAUGUCAGUGGUCUUUAGGAGUGACUACUCUAACGAGGGCCGAUUCACAGGCUUCCAAGCAUUUUACACCUCGGAAGACAUCAAUGAGUGUCUGUCUAAGAUAGAUGGGGAGAGAGUGUGUGAUCAUUUUUGCCACAAUUACAUCGGUGGAUAUUACUGCACAUGCAGACCAGGAUACCUUCUCCAUGACAACAAAAGAUCCUGCACAGUACCAUGCAGCAGCCAGGUGCUGACCUCGCUGUCUGGGGUUCUGACCAGUCCGGACUACCCGAAUUCCUAUCCACCCAUGAGUCAGUGUGACCACACCAUUCGUCUGCCAGAGGGCUACAGAAUAAUUCUGGACUUCCUGGAACCCUUUGAUGUAGAGGGACAUCAAGAUGUCCCCUGUCCUUACGAUAUGUUGAAGAUUUCAACAGCUGGACAAGAGUAUGGACCUUUCUGUGGAUCAAUGCCACCAGGUCGUAUUGACACAGGAAGCUACCAAGUGCAUGUUUCGUUCAGAUCCGACUCUAGUGGGAAAAACAAGGGAUGGAAGAUCGAGUACACCAGCACCAAGGCUGAAUCUCUCACUUCAGCUUAAGGCUGACCGCUCCUUGACAUAAACAUUGUAUGACACUGAACUUCACACAACCAGGAUUGUUUUGUGAUACUGGUGCUACCAUAGAUAUCCAAAUUUAAAGCAAUUUCAUU